AAGAUUGAACUUCACUCUAGAUUGCAACCUCCUUCCUCUGUCCAACAUCUAGUAUUUGACGAUCUGAGGACGGAAGUUUCAAAAUUAACAGAUGAAGGGCUUAUGCCUAAAACGUCAACUUUCCUGCUCUUCGGAUGCUGUCUGACCAGCUGUGCUCUUCCAGCACCGCACGUUUCAGCACGGACUGUUCAGUAACUACAAUCCUCACUUUGUCAUCAAUAUCUGACGGUCAGUCAAUCCAUCGAGACUGCAAUAAUUUUUUACUGUGAUUCUAUGAGGAAGAGCAAAGCUUUUUGGUUCCUGUUUGAGUACGUUUUCAGCAUCAGUCGGACUGGAUGAGAGACCCGACUGUUGCAGCGCACUUGAGUGUGAAGCCAGAAACAGCUCUACGGCCUGGAAAGAGGAAUUCACGGUGAGGAGGGGCUCUACACGCAUUUGUGUACAGCUGGAGCUUCGGCCAUGGAGAAACCUGAGGAAUCCCACCCCGAGGAGGAAUCGUGGAAGUGUGGUGACUGCGGGAAAGGCUUCCGUGCUCCAUCUGCCCUGGAGAUUCAUCGGCGCAGUCACACCGGAGAGAGGCCAUUCAUCUGCCCCAAGUGUGGGAAGGCCUUCAGCAAUUCCUCUGCCCUUAUGAGGCACCGGUGGGUCCACACAGGGGAGAGGCCCUUCAGCUGCCCCGAUUGUGGGAAGGACUUCAGCUAUUCUUCUGACCUGCAGACCCAUCGACGGGUCCACACGGGGGAGAGGCCGUUCUCCUGCACUGUGUGUGGGAAGGCCUUCAGCACCUCCUCCACCCUCCUGACCCAUUGGCGGGUCCACACUGGGGAGAGGCCAUUCACUUGUUCUGAGUGCAGGAAGGGAUUCACUCAGGAGGGCAAGUUGCGGAUGCACCAGCGGGUCCACACUAGGGAGAAGCCUUUCAGCUGCCCCGAGUGUGGGAAGGCCUUCAACGAUUCCUCUUCCCUUCAGACCCACAAGUGGGUCCACACGCAGGAGAGGCCGUUCCCCUGCACAGAGUGCGGCAAGCUCUUCAGCAAUUCCUCCACCCUGCUGAAGCACCAGCGGGUCCACACAGGGGAGAGGCCCUUCAGCUGCCCCGAGUGUGGGAAGGGCUUUACCCAGAUGUCCGUCCUGCUGAUCCACCAGCGGAUCCACAUCGGUGAGAAGCCUUUCUGCUGCCCUGAGUGUGGGAAGGGAUUCACUCAGAAGGGCAACUUGCGCACGCACCAGCGGGUCCACACCGGGGAGAGGCCCUUCAGCUGCCCCAAGUGCGGAAAUGCCUUCAGCGAUUCCUCCACCCUACUGAAGCACCAACGGGUCCACACGGGGAAGAAGCCAUUCCCCUGCCCCGAGUGUGGGAAGGCCUUUAGCAAUUCCUCCGACCUGCUGAAGCACCAGCGUGUCCACGAUUCCUCCGCCCUGGUGAAGCACCGGCGGGUCCACAGGGGGGAGAGGUCCUUCAGCUGCCCCGAGUGUGGGAAGGGCUUUACCCGGGCAGCCACCCUGCGGAGGCACCAAGGAGUUCAUGUGCCAUCACAGGGGGAUUGA